GGGGGAGGAGCCUCCCGGGAAGCGGGUCUGCGGCAGCCAUGAUACAUUUUAUCCUGCUGUUCAGCCGACAAGGGAAAUUAAGACUUCAGAAAUGGUUUAUCACACUUCCUGAAAAGGAAAAGAAAAAAAUCACCCGAGAAAUUGUGCAAAUUGUUCUGGCUCGAAAUCAAAAAAUGAGCAGUUUUGUUGACUGGAAAGACCUCAAGCUUGUUUACAAAAGGUAUGCUAGUUUAUACUUCUGCUGUGCAGUAGAAGACCAAGAUAAUGAACUCUUGACCCUAGAGGUUGUCCAUCGUUAUGUAGAGCUAUUGGACAGAUAUUUUGGCAAUGUAUGUGAGCUGGAUAUUAUUUUCAAUUUUGAAAAGGCAUAUUUUAUUCUUGAUGAAUUUCUAAUGGGAGGGGAAAUUCAAGAGACAUCCAAAAAAUCUGCAGUGAAAGCCAUAGAAGAAGCUGAUAUGUUACAAGAGACAAUGGAAGAAUAUAUGAGCAAGCCUGCCUUUUAAAUCAAAGCAGCAAAAGAGGCCAUGUAAUGUGGUAUAACAUCUCCUAGGUGCCAGUUUCUGUUUAAGAUACACAUUCCCCAAAGCUCCAAAAGUGAUUUUUUAUCUAUGCAACUGUCAAGAUGAAGGUCAGCCACAAUGCUGUCUAUAUAGCAGCACAUGUAUAUUAUACUUUAUAUGACUUUAUUUUAAUUUAAUCUUUCUUGGCUGUCUAGAUUGAAAGUUUUAUGGCAACUCUUACUAUCAACUUUUUAAUUCUAAGAAAUUGAUACUAGAACCUUUGAAGGAUAUAUUUAUGACUCUGGACCAGUUACUGAUCAAUUCAAUAUAAUUUUGUAAAAA